CAACAGGCUUCUAUUUCACACACGAUAAACGUAUCGACUAGGUCAACAGCUCUGGAAAUUGGGCGCGACCCACCGAUGUCUACUCGGACAGGUUCAGCAAGCGUCGUCACCGAUUAGACUGCACAUCCCACUUCACCCAAAAUGGAGCCGCCUAUUCGAAGUCAGGCUGGCACUCUAGCACCGGGAGAUAUUAGGACGUUCCGCGUCCGCGGCGUACCUGACUCAUGGGACCCCGCCCGACUAGAGUCGUUCCUCACAGACCAUGAGAACUCCACAGGUAUGACUAUACGGUCUCUUGCAAACGAAAUCAACGGCCGGACGAAGACGGCGACUGUCACAUUUCAAAACCUCCUCCCUCCGCUCCGAGAACUGCGCGCCGGAGGGAGUCGAAGCUUUCGACUCCCAAAGACAAACGAAAAUCUACCCAGCCGAGACGAAUAUCUCACCCUUGACCAUGACUUCUUCGGCAUCACUACGCUGUACACACCUCCUCCAAAGGAUCACAAGGCUGACGUCAUUGCCAUAUCUGGUCUUGGUGGCCAUGCAUUCGGGUCAUUCAAAGAGAAGGGCGGGGACUACAUGUGGCUGCGGGAUUCUUUGCCCUACGAUCUUAUCCUCCCAGACACCGACAUACCAAUGACGCGGACUAUGAUUUACGGUUAUGAAUCGAAAGUCUCACAAAGCGAGAAUAUGCAAAACUUGGAGGACCUCGCAACUGCAUUACACACAAGUUUGCUCGCAUUGGCCAGCAAGUCGACGAUGCGACUGAUCAUCUUCGUUGCUCAUAGCUUGGGAGGGUUGAUCAUCAAGCAGACCCUGAUAUCCCUGUCAAAAUCUACUGUAGAGGACGAUAUUAACCUUCUUCAAGCUGUACGUGGAAUCGCCUUCUUUGGGGUUCCCAACGACGGAAUGGAUAUUAGCUCGCUAAUCCCUAUGGCUGGGGACGGACCGAAUCGUUUCCUGAUUGAAUCUAUCAACCGUAUCAAUUCCCAAAUCCUUACCAUGCAACAACGAGGAUUUUAUAAGGCUCUGGGUGAAGAAGGUGAGGCCGAGAUUAUCUGCUUCUACGAAACAGUUGAGUCACCGACAGCACAAAAGGAUGAACAUGGUAACUGGAAGAUGAAUGGACCACCUAAAGUCCUAGUCACUAAAUCUUCCGCUACUGUCUGCCGCCCUUGGGAAAAUCGACCGGAGUACAUCUGCGCCAUCGCCCGUACCCACUCUCUGAUGGUGAAAUUUGGGCCUCAGGAUCACGAGUAUGAGAAAGCAUGCGAGAGGCUUAAGGGCCUCACCCGACGGGCGCUAUCAUCGCGCAAUCGCUUUCAACGCUCAACUGCAAAUUUUCUGGUUCCAUACAAUCAAAACGAAGACUUUGUAGGGCGAUCUGAAAUCCUCCGUGAUCUGGAAGAACGGCUUAGCAUAGGUCAGCCCCAGAGAGCUGUCAAGCUACGAUCAAGGAUCUCACUAUACGGUCUUGGUGGUGUUGGGAAAACCCAGAUUGCCAUAGCCUAUGUCUACUGGCUACGACAAACACAUCCUGGUAUUUCGGUAUUUUGGGUUCACGGAGGCAACGCUGAACGCUUCCGCGGGGGAUAUUCCUCCAUCGCUCAGGAACUCAACAUCCCAGGACGUGAUGACCCACAAAUCGACGUGUUAUCGCUCGUCAAGACUUGGCUUGAAAAGAAUUAUCAGCAGCGCUGGCUCAUGGUUAUCGAUAAUGCCGACGACAUAGAGCUAUUCUUUGGAUCGCAGGAAGGAAGUGAUGAGAUCACUCCAUCCAAUUCCACUGUCAAUAAAGGAGCGAGCCUAGGACGCUAUGUGCCCGAGUGUGCUCAUGGAUCGAUCCUUGUCACAACCAGGAACAAACAAGUGGGAUUGAAGUUGGCUCAAGGAAAACCUCCAAUUGAAGUCGACAAGUUAACUGAUGCAGAGGCAAACAUGCUCAUGCGUGCAUUGAUGGAUGAUCAGGAAGUCAAUAUUGGAGAGACAACGGUCCUUGCAUCGCGGCUGGAAAAGCUACCCCUUGCACUGGCGCAGGCUGCAGCAUUCAUCCAAGGAAACUCCAUCACAAUCGGAGAAUACAUCAAACUCUUGGAUGACAGCGACGUGGCGUUAGUGGAUCGCCUGAGCGAACCAUUCAACACAGUCGGGAGAGACUCCGAAACGCCGCGUUCACUCACAGCAACUUGGAUUAUUUCAUUUGAAAUGAUCGAACAGCAAGAUUCAUUCACAAGUAACAUCCUGUCCUUCAUCAGCCUUCUUGAUCGCCAGGCUAUCCCAAAGGAGUUUAUUACCAUUUAUUGUUUCCAUGCCCAGCCUCAGGGACUUAAUGCCAUCGAUGCUGCCAAGCUAACCAAGUCCCUCGGUCUACUCAAAGCAUUUUCUUUCAUCACGAAAGAGAAGAAUGAGACCGUGGACAUGCAUCGGCUGGUUCAAUUGGUAACACGCAAGUGGCUGCUGGUUAAGGGUGCCAUGGUCGGUUUCGCACAGCAUGCCCUCAAAACGGUGGCGGACGAAUACCCAAAAAGAACCUCCGGCAGUCGACUGUUGUGUCUUAAAUAUCUACCGCAUGCGAAUUCUGUACUGAGUCAGGAUGGUACCCGCGCAAAUGGUGCAAGCACUGCACGAGCUAUACUGUUGGGUUCCAUGGUGCACUAUUUGUCACAGGAAGGAUAUGUGAAGGAGGCUGAACAGCACCAAACUCAAGCCAUAGCACUUCUUGAAGUGUCCAAAGGAGAGGAACAUCCUACGACCCUGCACAACAAACACCGUCUGGCUCGUAUAUUUGAUAACCAAGGCCGAUGGAAGAAGUGUGAAGAGCUAGAGAUACAAGUAAUGACGGCGUCAAUUCGAAUUAACGGACAGGAGCAUAAUCUUACACUCAAAGCAACAAGCAUGCUAGCUUGUGCAAUUCGCAAGCAAGGCCGAAGAAAGGAGGCUGAGGAGCUGGAGGUACGAGUAUUGGAGACAAGAAAGCGAGUAAAUGGAGAUGAGCACCCUAAUACACUGACUAGUAUAGGCAAUCUGGCUAAGAUACUUAUGGACCAAGGUCAAUUGAAGGAAGCUGAGGAGCUAGGGACACAAGCACUGGAGUUAUCAAAGCGAGUUCGAGGACUGGAGCAUCGUCGUACAAUCAAGCAUACAGGCCACCUAGCCAGGAUAUUUUACAUGCAAGGCCGGCUGAAGGAGUCUGAGGAGCUGCUGGUGCAGGGAAUAGAGAUGGGCAAGCGACUUUGGGGAGAGGAUCAUCUCCAGACGGUAAUCAUGAUGCAGCAACUCGCUCGCACAUGGAAGGAUGGUGGCAGAACAAACGAUGUUAUAACCUUGUUGCAGGAGUGCCUUUCUAUUCGGCAACAAAGAUUGGGCUCAGACCAUCCCGGUACUAAGAGUUCUCUGGCUUGUCUGAACACAUGGCUUGAGGAGAUAUAAGAUAGAUUUUAUGAGCAUUUUCGCAUGCCUGUUGUCGCGUUUCAAUAC